UCAGGGUUCCUCCCAAAGAAGGUUAACUCUACUCAUAUGUAGUGGAUCCUGUAUCAGUGAGGUUUGGAGCAAUCUUCCGACCAUUUAAAAUCACAUAAAGUAUCGUUCUAUUCCUCCAGACAAUCUAGGCAACCUCCGAUCUGAAUGUCUUCUGCCAAGGGCCCCUCGGUGCAGUGAUGCCCGUCAUGUUCAUGCCGCGAGCUCUUGGCUUCUGGACGUCACUUCUUUCAAACACCACGCAUAACACCAGUAAUCAGCACAAGAGCUGAGUUUGAAAGGACUGAGUGAGAAAAAGGACAAGGAUCACAUAAGUACACUUUGAUCAUGCCACAAGUUGCCAAUGGAAUCGCCGCACAGGAUGUGCAUACCACCAUCAAGUUGUUGAUCGACCAGCUGGUCAACAUUCAAGACACGACAGGAGAAUUUCUGUUGCGAUUAGACGAUGGCCGAGUGAUCGAUACGAAGGGCUGGAAUAGUUGGGAAUGGACUCAUGGAAUCGGGUUGUAUGGGCUCUGGAAUUAUCACACCCUCACUGGAUCGCCCGAGGCGCUCGCAAUCAUCGAAGCAUGGUUCGCAAGCCGUUUCGCUGAAGGCGGCACCACCAAAAACAUCAACACCAUGGCUUCGAUGCUCACGCUCGCUUACCUGUACGAGAAAACAGGAAGUCAACCCUGUCUUCCCUGGCUUGAGAGCUGGGAAGAUUGGGCCAUGUAUGAGCUUCCCAGGACCAAGUUUGGCGGGAUGUCGCACAUGACAUACGACAAUCUCAACGCGCAAGAGUUAUGGGAUGAUACUCUCAUGAUGACCGUCCUUCCGCUAGCGAAGAUCGGGAAACUCCUCAACAGACCUCACUACGUCGAGGAGGCGAAAAGACAGUUCCUCUUACAUAUCAAGUACUUGUUUGAUACCAAAACUGCACUGUUUUAUCAUGGCUGGACAUUCGAUGGAAACCAUAACUUUGCCUCUGCUUUGUGGGCGAGGGGUAAUUCCUGGUUGACGAUCGUCAUCCCCGAAUUCCUCGAACUGCUCGACUUACCAACGAACGACGCGUUCCGAAUCCACUUGAUCAAUACACUGGAAGCUCAGUGCCGCGCUCUCAUUCAAUAUCAAGAGCCCGACGGACUCUGGCGAACACUGAUCGAUCAGCCGUUGAAUGAAGGAUCGUACAUCGAGAGUUCUGCCGCAGCUGGUUUCGCGUUCGGGAUGUUGAAGGCGUUGAGACUGAGGUAUAUUGCUGGGGAUGAGUUUAGAGAGUCGGCGAUGAGGGCGGUCAAGGCUGUGCUAGGCAAGGUCAAUGAGCAAGGAGAAUUGUUGGAUGUGAGUUUUGGGACCGCGAUGGGCCAUACCUUGCAGCACUAUAAGGAUAUUGAUAGGACAAGUAUGCCAUAUGGCCAGGCUAUGGCUAUCAUGGCUCUGGGAGAGUUCUUGCGGGUCUUCAUUUAGGUAUAGUUCGGAAUUGUAGAAAGAGUUAUGGGAGAAAUAAAAAGCCUAUUAAACGAACGCCGACUUCGCUUUGAGUGAAAACAUAAAUUAGAAAAGCAGGUAUUCCAUCCAUAAAGAAUGACUUGACCUAGCGAGGACCGGCCACUGCAAAUUGUGGGACUGUCAUCUGCCUCCAAUUGGAACGAGCCUAAUGUUGCAACAACAAAGAAAAUACAGCAGUGCUACAAUAGAUCUAAAUUGCUGUAUUUGUCUUGCGACAAAUGUCCGAACUUAUGACAACAAGGAGAAAAAGGGACGAAAGAGGUUUGCUUCCCUGGGCUGAGCCGAGGAAUUCACGACUGCUGCGUCAACUCCUCUGCCAGAUUUGGAUGCCCAAGUGACACAAUUUCAGCCUUUGUUGCAUUACCUCAGGUCAAUGGAGAUACUGAAUAAAGAUAUGAUCAAGGUCAUCGAAAGAAC